AAAAGGGGGUACGGGCUCCUGUAUCUUCAGUCAACUCAAAUUUGCCAUCGUAUUUCGGCACUAUUGCUACAGACUCUCGUAAACAUGAAUACUCUUCAAAUCCUCGUAAUUGUUAUGGCUGCGUGCUGUGGCAGCCAUGCAAGAAAUAUCCGUUUCAGACGUUUUGUUAACCAGUCACCAGCAGAUUUAUUUCCACCUGGUGCCAAUCACCUGAAUAUUCGGUCGCUUAUGGCUCUCAUGAACAAUCCAGUGAUGCUGCAAGGUUUUGGUCAGGGUAACACUCAACCACAACAACAACAACAACAACAACAACAACAAGGAACGGCUAACAUUCCACAAGCCAAAUCAACCACUCCAGCACCCAAAGGUCAAGGUCAACAUCAACAAUACCCUCUUCCUAACCAGCCAGGGAUCCAGACGCAACCUCAAACCCCGCCUAUGACCCAAGAAACACAGAAUCAGGGAUCUGGACAAGGUCAAGGUCAAGGUCACGGUCAACCUCAAAGCCAAAAUGCAGGUCAAGGACUGACACAACAGGCUCCCGUCCCUGCUCUUUCUACCAAUACUCAGAGCACUGUCAAUCCAAUGCAGCAGUUUAUGAGGUAUUCAAACAUGUUCACCGACCCAAUGUUUCUGCGAUACUUUCAACAAUUCAUGAGGAGGAUAGACAUGAUUAAGCACAAGUACACGAAAGGGGAGUAUGUCCCCCCAAAAGGCCUUUUCCCCGGGGGAUAUGUGAUAAAUGCUGAUGGUAGUGAUGCGGAAGUAAGGGACAUAUACGGAAGAUUGCACUCAAUUGAUGGUGGCGUUUUCCAAGCAUAACGUCAGUGAAGAAACUUAAACUUUGUGAUGCAUUUGUGAUCCGACUUUUUGUUUUGUUGCUUGCUGGCCAGGCAUAUUGCAGAGCAAACAAUUGCAUUAUAUAUGCACUGUAAUACAUUCCAUGUAGAUAUAAAUGUUUCAUGGUCAUUUGAAUCCCGCCUCAUCUUUGUUAAUCAGUAAUGUACAGCAUUUUUAUAUGAUGUUCUCUUUUUUAAUAAAUACAAUCUCUUUGAA